AUGGCGAAGCAGGACACGUUGGUCAUGCAAGAGGCGCCUCGUCAGGCGCAAUCUCUUGCGGACAACGUGAGGUCGGAGCCGCAUCGUCUGGCAACGGGCGAUGCUGGCGUGCACUCGCUCGCCCAGGAUGCCACCAAGGCCCUCUUUGACCAUGGCGUGCAGCAGGAAAAGUCGUCGCUUCCAUUUAUUUCGUCGCUGCUCGACUCGGUGGUUCCGCGUGCAAAGAGCGCGUCCCAGAAGCGCAAGCGCGACGAGGGCGACGACACGCACCCGCUCUUUCCCCCGACGCAGCUCGACGAGCUUGUUCUGAACGGCAUGCAGAACGAGCAGAUCUGGCAGCAGCUUGAGCUGCGCACCUCGAAGCUGUCGCGUGUGCUCGAUACCGUCAUGACGAGCACUGUUGGCGAAGACGAGGACGAAGAGGAGUCGGACGACGACUCCUUGUCGCAGUCCCUCGACCAUAUUCCCGAAGAAGACAGCGACGAGGAGUGGGAAGACGAGGCGGAGAACAGCGCAGAUGAAGGAUUCGCAGGCGCGUCCGAUCUCAGCGAUGUCGACCCCGAUGAGGUCUUUUACGAGCCGCUCCAUUCCGAGGACGAGCAGCAAAAACGCAAGGCGGAAAAGGAGCGCGAGGAAAUGAUGAACAUGUACGGCGUCACCGACCCUGCGCUCUUCCAGGCGCUUAUGCAGGAGGCGCAGGGGGAUGGCGACGAGGAUGAGGACGAAGACGAGGACGCGCCGGCCAAGAGCGUGCUCGACCAGCUCGACGAUCCGAACGAGUCGGCCGCUUCGUCCAAGCGGCGGCAUCCUACGCUCGACGACGACUUUUUCUCGAUCGACGAGUUCAACCGCAUGACCGAGGCCGAGGAGCGGCGAAGCAACACGUCGCGUGCAAACCUCUCGGGCGACGACGAGGAUGAAGACGACGACGAAAUCGACCUCUUUGCGUCGGUCGACGAUGCCGACGACAGCGAGGACGAGGACGAGGACGAGGAUGAGGACGAGAUGUCGGCUGCCGACAUUACGUAUGCCAACUUCUUUGACCCGCCCAAGACCGCACCCAAGUCCCAAAAGAAGGGACGUGCACAGAAAGAGAACAAGGUUGAAGAGCCCCAGGAGCCGGAGCGCAAGACUCUGGUGCGGUUCCACGACCAAGUUCGUGUGCGUCCGAUCAAGAAGUGCCGUCCGCGUGGCCAGAUUGCUGGUCUCCUUGGCGAUGGUGAGGACGAAGAGGAAGAUGAGGAGGAAGAGGAGGAAGAGGAGGAAGAGGACGACGACGACGACGAUGAAGAGGACGACGAUGAAGAAGAGGAGGAAGAGGUCGAGGAUGAGAUUGGCCUCGACCACAACCACGACGCAAUGGAUGAGAACGAGGAAGAUGAGGAUGAGGACGAAGACGAGGACGAGGAAGACGAAGAGGAAGACGAAGAGGAAGACGACGAAGAAGAUGUCGACCUUGACGAGGCGGACGAAGACGACCUCGACGCCGACCUCGACGACGAUGCCCUCUCUGAAUCCGAGCUUGGCGAAGACGCGCAAGCUGAUGCGACGGCUGUGCGUGUCGCUGGCGACCUCUUUGCCGACGAGGAGCCCGAGCAGGAUACCGACUACCUCUCUGCCCACGAGCGCCGAAUGGCUGAGCUCAAUGAGGAGAUUGCGCGAUACGAAGACGAAAACGUGCAAAAGAAGGACUGGACCCUCAUGGGUGAAGCCACGUCGCGUGAGCGUCCCUCCAACAGUCUUUUGGAAGAGGACCUGGAGUUUGAGCGUACGGCGAAGAACACGCCGACGAUCACUCAAGAGCAUACCGAAGGCAUUGAAGGUAUGAUCAAGCGGCGUAUCCUCGACCGGCAAUUUGACGAUGUCAUCCGCCAGCGCGAUAUCGAUGCGCUUCCCUUUGCGCCAUCCAAGAUGCUGGAUCUCUCCGAUGCAAAGAGCUCCAAGAGCCUUGCGGAGCUGUACGAGGACGAGUACCAGGCCGCGCGUGGCGACGAGGAUGCUGCGCCCGUGAGCGAGUCCGACGCGAAGCUUGCAAACGAGCACCAGGCGAUUGCGCGCGACCUUGAUUCGCUUUUCAACAAGCUGGAUGCCCUGAGCAAUGCGCACUAUACGCCGAAAGCGCCGAAAGCCGCAAUCGAGACGAUCUCCAACACGUCGUCGAUUGCGAUGGAGUCUGCGCUGCCCACGACGCAGUCCACCGGCACGAUGCUUGCGCCUGAAGAGGUGUAUGCUGCAUCGUCGCACGCGCCUGCGAUGGCCGGUGCCAAGAGCGAAAUGACCCCCGCGGAAAAGCGCCGGCAGCACAACCAGCUGCGGCAGGCGAAGCGCAAGCGCAACGAGCGCAUGCGGCGGGCAGAAGACGCGAUUGCGGUGAGCCGCGGCGCGCCACGCAAGGAGGGCGACAAGGCCGAGAAGGACAAGGCGCUCAAGAGUUUGCUGGGCAACAAAGGCGUCUCGGUUGUCGGCAAGGACAGCAAGCGCCAAGGCGUGAAAGAGGCGGUGACGGGCAAGAAAGACAAGGGCAAGUCGUCGUCGUCGGGUGCGCAGUACAAACUGUAG